AUGUCUUCGUACUUCGAGAUCCCAGACCGUUUCGACGGACAACCCUUAUCUCCUUACUCCCUGGCUUCCGACAAGUCUACCAUGCCCGACGAAGAAACUACUGUCCCUCUUGAGGCCAACCCUGCGAUCAAGGUCGAGACCCCCGAAGAAACUGCGCCUGAGUCCCCUGUCGACAUACGCAGAAGGGAACAACACGCCCGCUCACCAUCGCCUGUUAGAUCUUCAAACUAUUCCGGAAGCGGGUCGGCUUCUUCUCCCAUUCGGCUCGACACUCCUCCCCCAGCUGAACCCUGCUAUGUCUAUCCGCCCCACCCCGAUCCCGAUCACGAGUUGACGCCUGAGGAGUGCGGUCCUAUUUGGGCCGAGGUUGUACAAGAAGACGCCGUCCUAAACGCGCGUCGACACAUCAAAGAUCUCUUCCGAUCUUACUUCAAUCUCCUGGACGGCGACGUCCUCAAUCACCCGCGUCGAAGUGGCGGUUACAGGCGUAUGGUGUGA